AAGGCCGCAGUCGGGACAGCUCGGCCUGUCCUGCCGCUGCUGUCGGAGAGCUAAAGGUAUAGAAGUGAAACCCCCUCUUGAGGCUGCGAGCUGCCCCACCAUGCACGCACUCUGAUCCCAAACAAACGGAUGGGAUUUUACCUAAAACGGACCCACGGAGACGUCCCGCAGAUUCCACGCAGGGAACAUCCAGCGAGGAGACUGAUGCUUUUGGAGACUUUUUAAUGGCACCGGGCUCGACCUAAAGAGGCUACCGCUGCCUUUAUGGGACGGUGAAGGUGUCCUGAUUUAUUUUCUUUUAUUUCCUUUCCCCCCUUUUUUUCCUUUCUUUUUUUUUACUCUGUUUUUACUCGUAUCCACACUCCUGGUCCAGAGGGAGAAGCUUACAUUUCUUAACCGGGUUGUUUCGGUUCCCUAAAGGGGAGGAAGGCGAAGUGUUUUGGGGUUUGAUUUUCUCCUGUGGUGUCUGUGUGGAGCGUGCCACACACCCACUCCACAACAACGACGGCUUUUGCUUGCAUCUUCCAGUGUUUCUUCUGUCAGCAAGUCCAGCAGAGCUGCAACUCUUCCAGUGCCAGCCCUGACACCAGCGAGGAGCCCUGCCCCACUGACAUGGUGAAGAUGACCAAGUCCAAGACCUUCCAGGCUUACCUGCCGUCCUGCCACCGCACCUACAGCUGCAUCCACUGCCGGGCACAUCUGGCCAACCACGACGAGCUCAUCUCAAAGUCAUUUCAAGGCAGUCAAGGAAGAGCCUAUCUGUUUAAUUCAGUGGUGAAUGUCGGCUGCGGGCCAGCAGAGGAGCGGGUUCUCCUCACAGGUUUACAUGCUGUGGCGGAUAUCUACUGUGAAAACUGUAAAACCACCCUGGGCUGGAAAUAUGAGCACGCGUUUGAGAGCAGUCAGAAGUACAAAGAGGGAAAGUUCAUCAUCGAGCUGGCUCACAUGAUCAAGGACAACGGGUGGGAGUGACGCUCGUCUCUCCGUUUGUUCUUUGUUGUUUUUUGUUGUUUUUUCUGACCUGGGAAUGCUCUUUAUUGAACUGUGGGAGGAGGGUGAUUGUCCACCCCUCCCCCCACCUCCCUCCACCAGCCCCCCCGUCACUUUCCUUACAGUUAAAGAAAAAAAGUAUCACCUCCACCUUCCCCGCCUUCUUCACGUGCACACACAUCCACCUGCUCAUCGUGAAAGUGAACAAACGGCGACUAACGUGUGGAGCGACUCGUUGAACAAUCACGUCACAGGAGUCUCGUCGUUACUUUGAAGAUUCUGUGUUCUUCGCGGCUCCAGAGCUUUUGGGUUUGACCCACUCACCCCGCCUCCACCCCACCGAACCACGCUUACAAGUGAUUGUGGUGAUAUGGCGACCACUAUGCGAAUGGAGAGACUUCAGUGAAAGGACGUUUCUUUGUUCUCCUGAUGGAUGACUUUUUUAAUGUUGUUUGCUUUAGUUAAGUUCUGGGUUUGGCGGCAGAUGGAUGUUACUGGUUAGCAUUAUAUUUUAUUUCCCUGUCAAGUCUGUUUUAUUUGUUUUGUUGGCUUGGUGUAUCUCUGCCUAUAGCUGAGCAUGCUUUUCUUUGCUAAUGUCCAAAUGAGUAAUCAGGGAUGGGUGAGGAGCAGAGGGGGGAAAGGGAGUUUAUUGUAGUUGCAAAUAUGUAGCAGCAUCUUACUUUUUUCUUCUUCUUUUUUAAGUGGCAAAGGAUGGGUUUGCAGUAAUGUGGAAUUUUAUACCUGAUAUUUUCCUCUUUUCUUUUUUCCUUUCUUUUUGAAUUCUCUUUAUUUCCCUCCUUCUGGUACUUUUUCAGCACCCAAAAAGCAUUGAGAGCAGCACCUAGUAUUUGUUUGAUAUAAAUGGGAUAUACAUAUAUAUAGCUCUAUAGACACAUAAAUAUUUGUAGUGUUUGGCUAAUUGCGAUUGUGGCUGGUCCCAGUUUGCAGCAGUACCACGAGUGGAAGGCAAAAAGGAGCAGAAAUAGAUUCUAGACUGGGGAUCCUCACAUCAGUGUCCACACGUCAUAAAACAUUAUGACAGACUGUAUUAUCCCAUUGUCUAGUAGUGAAACAAGAAGAGACACACCUACAUAUGAAUAUAAAUACACAUACUAUGAUUACAUAUCCAUAAAUACUAUGAAAAUGUUCGUAGUACGUAGAUAUUGGAACAUAGUUUCUAUAUAUAUAUUUGCUGUCAUGCACAUAUGUAUAUAUGCAUAUUACUGUGUGUAUAUAUGCAUUGUGUGUGUGUGUGUGUGUGUGUGUGUGUGGUCAUGCAUUAUACAGUGGCAUACUUGAACGACUUCGUUUGCACUUUGCAGAGGCCUUCGGUUCAUCGCGGUUUGGAGGCAAAAUGCUUGUUCGCGCUCGUCUGCUUCUUAAUGGCCUUCUCACAGAUGAACGACAGAUUGUUGGAGAUGGAAAGAAAGCUGGAGCAGGAGGGUUUUCGAGGGUUUUGUUGUCUCUGUGGUACGUUUAGCAGCCGCCUGUUAGAUACGUCUAGGAAAUCUGGUUUCAUUUUCUUUAAAUUCUGGGUCGCCUCUCAGUUUUCCCACCCCAAAAGUAGUUUCUGAUUCUUUGCUGCUAUUCUGGAAAUCCCGCCGCUUCUUCCCGUUCUUGUAGAUCUUUUGCACUUUACGUCUUUCCCUCUCAGAGCGUCUGAAUUGUCUCUCUGUGGACAGCAUCUGUGAUUUGCCUCUAAGCCGUAUGAAUCUUGUGCCUCUUCAAAACAUGAACGGCCUCCCCUCUUUCUUUAAUUGUGGUCCCCCCCCCCUUCUGUUGUGCAGUGCAUAACUCUGAAAACUUUCACGUGAACCAAUGUGUCUUCCCCUUCUCCCCGCCUUUCUGGUUCAAAGAAGUAGCCCUCAAAAUAACAUUCUUCACCAAAAUCCUCAGAGCUCUAUGGAUAACAGAGACUUGGUAUAUAUACACACCUAUAUUUUCUACAUUAAGAUUUAGAGGAGCAAAAACAGAUGGAUAUUCAGUAUAUUAUUUCUCAGAGUAAAGUAAAGAGGAGGGAGAGGUUUGGAAUGAUACGCGGGGUGCCCGGGGCUUGUUGGACUUUUUAAUCGGAAGGAUUAAAAAGAUGGCAGCAGGUGACGGUGUGGGCCGGGUGGGACGGGAUGGGAGAGAUUUAAAAAUCAGCAGUGAUUGAUUACUUUGCCGGCAAGGUCAGUCAGAUCACACGACCUUUUAUCCUAAAAACUAUGACAAUGCAAACCCUUGAUAGUUAGCAGUGAUACCUACUUGAAAUAUAAAUACAUAAACAGCUAAGAUAUUGGCCCGUGUUACAGUUUUUGUACAUAAAGUAACAUAUUUAAGGUUUUAUACGUAUUUCUACUGGGUUAGUUCUUUUACUUCCCCUACUUGAAGCACUUUUGUUCACCGUACCUCUGACUGUGUGUGUGUGUGUGUGUGUGUGUGUGUGUGUGUGUGUGUGUGUGUGUGUGUGUGUGUGUGUGUGUGUGCGCAUACAUGCAUGUGUGUCAGCCCACAUGCAUGCCUGCACACCAAAGUGAAUGUUUACUUUCUCUUCCUCGGUUUUCCCUCUUUCUUCCUUUCUUUCUUUCUUUCUGUUUGUUUGAGUUUUCCUGUUUUUUUUUUUGUUUUUUUUUGCAGCUGUUUGAUUUCACUGUCUCUCCCGCUGAUCCGUGAGGUCGAGAGCCAGGUUAGUUUGUUUGGAAGUGAUUUAUCCCCGUUUGAUUUGUUUGGUUUUUUUCCUGUUAGCUUGUUGAUUUAGCUUGUGUGGUGAGAGCCCGUUAGAGGGCCGGUGUUUAGGUCUCUGCUGAGCCAUGUAGACGUUGAGGGCGAGCUGGAAUCUCCCACCAUGUCACAGGGAGAGCCUUUACCAAGACCCUUUCGCCACUUGCAGUCAGUGUCUCCUGUGCUGAGGGCUUUCAGGUGAUGAAAUGCACCCUGUGGCAGCUAUGUCGGAGGUCGUUAGUUUGUGGCAACACUGGCUGUGAAUAUCUGAUUGUAUUUUUUUUAUGUAUUCCUUCUUGUGCUGGUUUUUUGUAAAAAUGAACUGUUACUUCCCUUGUCUGUUUGAUCGAACGGGUUGCUUUGGUAGUAUCAGCCUGCUUUCGUUGCUACUCCUCAGUUCUGGUGCUGCAUCCUUUUUGAUGUUUUGCUGGACAAACAGGGCCUGUCCUUUGGGAAGAUGCCGUCUAAUGCAGCCAAAAAUUCAGCCACCUCUUGCUUGAAUUUGCAGCUCUCUGUCCGUUGAUCAUUGAACGCACCUGCACGUCUCUAACUUCUCACCACCUCAUCACUGUUGGGCGUGUGCUCAGAGGUGCAACAUACUUUCAGAAGCAUUUGCAGAUGAUUUGAAGCAGGUAUUUUGCCUUUUAAUGGUCUAUUUUAGUGGCCUUCACCAAAUUUUAAAGUCUGGAACUAUGAUGUGAUGCUGCAGAUUCUGAAAGAUCCUCCUUUAGUGCCAGAUGACAAAAUAGUCCUUGAACAUUUGAUAUAAUGGCAUCCUCUUCCACUUGUGUGGUUGCCCAGUUGUGGGGACGUAAAUUAUUAAAUGUCCAUUUCUUUCCCCCAGUAAUUGUUUACAUUGGCUGAGAAAUCCUUCAGAGAAACUCACUGUGGUGAGAUUUGGUCAGUUUGAACCCGCUAACAAGGAGCAUGUGAACGCACCAUUGGGGGAGGAUGUUGAGUCUUGGUCUGGCAUCCCUCGAAGGUUGCAGCUCCUGAACUGUGAUGAGCCUUUAAUAAAACAGCAAAGUCUGAUUGCAUUAACAUAACAAUGUCACAGCCCCUGCCUUUAGGUUGGUUUACCUCCUGUGAACUUUCCACACACUCGCAGUCCAACAAGACCAGCACUGGUAGCAAAAUUUGGAAGGAAAUCUACCUUGCAAGACUGUUCACGUCUACCUAAAUCGUUACUGAACGCACACACAGUUGUACGAUUUUUCCUGUUACAUGCGCACAGCCAGUUUCUCUUAAGGACCUCCGCAUGGCAGCAGCAGUGGUUGCUGGGAGUCUUGUGACCCGACUGCAGAGCCUCUAUACUCUUCCUUCGAUCAGUCAAAGUCGACACAACAGAAAGCAGUUGCCAGUGUCACCGCCAGUGCUUACCAAAUAAGACCCAGGUUCUAUCGAAUGCAUCAGUGUCAUGUGUCAGCGGGCAGGAACGAAGCCAGGGAUCACGGUCGAGCGUCUCCUGGAGGUUCAACUGCGAUACCAAAAUCAAAGAGUAGAAAACCUGUCACUUAUGGCAUUGUGUUUCUGUAGAAUGUUUUGAUUCUCUGAACUACAGCGUCAAAGCAGCCUGGAUGAAAAAUGUAGAUAUUUGCUGCUGAAAACUGUUUACUUUUUAUUGUUGUUCUGUUUUAUUGUGGCACUGGCUACCUACUUUUUGCGUUCUGUUACUGUCUAAACAAGAUGUUGAUCAAAGGCUAAAUGGGUAUACAGGGGAAAAGACUGUACAAGUUUUUUUCUUAGGACUGUUAAACUACAGUUUGAGGUCUAAAGCAUGUUGUAUUUAUAAUGUCGUGCCUGUUUUAUUAUUUUUUUCUUCCUAAAUUUAAAAGCAAAUAUUCUAUGCUUUUUAUUUGACUACAUUGCUUUGCAUUCUGUCUUAGUAAAGCCAUGUCACAUGUCUGUUUUCACUCUAAUGUAAACUAUCAGAUAUCACAAUAAAUUUUCAAUGGCAUUAA